CCUAAAGGAAGCCGUGCGACAUCCAUCAGACUCGCAGGACUCUCAGAGGUACUCUCGAGGUGUCCCCAGCCUGUAGCUCCAACAAAUAGCCCGCUGGGACAUCACGCUGCGCUCCGGGCAGGCUGCUAAUCUGUGCCCGGAUUUACCCCUCGAACAGGACUGUGGGAGCGAUGCGACGUCUCGGAGGAGGAGGAGGAGACGAACUGGCCAGGCAGAAGCAGACACCUGAGAGGAGGAUCUGAGUUUGUUUCUGUAACGUCAAAGAAAGGUUUAUUGCGGUCAUCACUAUGACUGAUGGGGAUUAUGACUUCCUUAUAAAGCUCCUUGCCCUGGGGGACUCCGGUGUGGGGAAGACCACGUUCCUGUACAGAUAUACAGACAACAAGUUCAACCCCAAGUUCAUCACCACAGUCGGCAUCGACUUCAGGGAAAAGAGAGUGGUCUACACAGCGUCUAACCCCAAUGGGACGACCACGGGUAAAACCUUCAAGGUUCACCUUCAGCUCUGGGACACAGCUGGACAGGAAAGGUUCCGCAGCUUGACCACGGCCUUCUUCAGGGAUGCUAUGGGGUUCCUGCUGAUGUUCGAUCUCACCAGCCAGCAGAGCUUUCUCAACGUCAGAAACUGGAUGAGCCAGCUACAGGCGAAUGCUUACUGUGAGAACCCAGAUAUUGUUUUGGUAGGGAACAAGGCGGAUCUGGCCGACCAGCGGGAGGUUCAGGAGAGACAGGCCAAGGAGCUGGCCGAAAAAUACGGGAUCCCGUACUUUGAGACGAGUGCAGCAACAGGAGCAGAUGUGGACAAGGCGGUUCUAACGCUGUUAGACCUGGUCAUGAAGAGGAUGGAGCAGUGCGUCGACAAACCCCCUGCCGAGCCUGCCAAUGGGAACGGGGCCACAAAGCUUGGUGAUGCACAGCCGAUUGCUAAGAAAUGUGCAUGUUAGAUGAAGAGGCGAUACAGGACAACAACCAGUCAGUGCUGCUCUGUCGUCUGUCCUUCUUCUCACCACAUUCCUUCCUCUGUUUACUUUAUCCUUGUCAUUUUUGAUAGCAUGUCUCUUCAUCGUUUCAUCACCCCUGUGCUCUUUAAAGCUAACAUUUAGCCAUGUUCUCCUAUUUUGGUUCUUUUCCUCCCUUUAUGCUUACUUGUCCUCCCUAAUGUCAUUCUGACAAUGAAAGAACUCUAUCCCCCUCUAAUGGACUCUUACGGUAAUACAGUUUCUGUUGGUCUGCCUUUAGGAGGACAUUAAAACAGGAGGGGACAGUUUCAUCACUGUCAGACGCAUAAUGUGCCUAGUUAAAAACAUGCACCCUGGGAAUAGGCUCUGCACGCUCCCAAUUUAACUGCUCGCAAGUGCUUUGAAUGAUUUAACGGACCUAAACAGUCAAAAAGACACAUUUAAAAGUUUAAUUUGGACUCUUUAUAUGUUGAUCUAUCUAUUUAUGACUGCAAAAUGAGGGGGAUUUAACUUUGUUUUUAAUCAGUAUUGGUCCUCUCCUAAAGUGUUUGCUCCUGGAUCACAGUGAGAAAUUGUGUGACUGAUAUGGUUGAAUUCCUCUGUUAUUUAUAAUUGUUUUUUCUCCCCGUUUCACAAAGUGUCCUAUGCUGUACCCAUAUGAGCCACAUUUAGUAACUUUCUGAUUUUUACUUUUUUUUGUCAGGUUUAGACAUUUGCUAAAAAAUGCAAAAUGCUUUUUCUUUUUGUUAAUAAAAUAAAAAAAUUUAUAGUGCAGCAUAACAUAAAAUAAAAUCACCCACUGCUAGCUUCUUUUGUUUCUUUCUCUAGGUUACAUCAGAUAGUACCCUCUCAUGCAGUAUGGUAUCAGAAACAUGUACUUUUUUCCAUUGUCACUAAUUUUGUUUACAGGUAGUAUUGUCCUAUAUAGAUUAUAGAAAGUUGCACACUUAAUAAAGGGUAUAGCAUUUGACCUCAGUUGUUUGUGACCAUAUAUUAUAUUUCAUUCUUUUACAAUGAAGACACAAAUUUACCACACAAAAACAACCAAACAGCAUACAGCAUGUGACAUCAAUAAUAUUUUAAAAAUGAUGCCGUCUGCUAGCUUGGUAGUGAGCACCAUCCAAGCACAUGAUGUAUCAUGUUCCUACUGGCUCCUACUUGGUUGGUGAUUCUUAACGUUUACUUUCUGACCAAAAUCAGAAAAAAUCUAUUUAAACACUCCUACAUUGUCAGGUUUUUUGUUUUGUUUUGUUUGUUUGUUUUUUCAGUGUUCUACCAACUUUAAUGUUUUCCAUUUAAAGUUUUUUUUUUGUGGGGUGGGCGGGGGUUUAUUUAUUUAUUUUUUUAAGCCACAUCACCUGGUUUUACAUGUCAAACUUGAGGUUUUCACUGAAGUAGAAGACCACAAAUACUGGCAUUUCCACCUUCUCAUGUCAAAUAUUAGCAUUUGAUAAGUUUAGAUAUAUCCUAGUCUGCUAAGGAUUCCUAAUAUCAUUAGAAAAGUAUUUUUGGCUAGAUUUUAUAUAUUUGUUUCCAUUUCCAAAGUAUUAAUUAAGAGACAGUUUUUUCAGAUGGCUGAUGCCAUCAACACUAUAAAAGAUGGGCAUAGCUACUUGUUUUGAAGGCUCAAAAUGAGUGAUUUUGGCAUUGUGAAACCAAAUGUAGUGGAGCCAUAGUGAGCAUAUCCUGGAUAAUCCUCCUUUCUGACAUACAGAUUGACCAGAAUAUACAAAAUAAACUUAACGUUUUAGACGGUGUGACACGAAAUGAGCAACUGACCCGAUAAACUCGGUAGCAAAAUGUUGACAGACAUGCAGACAGAGGGCUGUUUUCUUCUACAGAAACAGAAAUCUCAGCCCAUUGUUGGCCUUUGGAAAGAAUGCCAUCUUUAUUAUAGGACUUGUAUGGGUAUAGCAUGACACAUGUGCAAUAAAGGAAAAAAAAAAAUGCAUAUUGAUCAUUUUAAUAGUGUUUAUCAGCAUAGAUGUAUUGUUCCAAAGUGACCUACUGCCUUGACCUUUGAAGCAUUAUUCCACUGUAGUCAGGCAGACCUUGUUGGAGACGGUCCAGCUGUGCUGUUAAAUGUUCGGGAGGCACAUUGUCAUUGUAACUUUCUACCAUUUACUUAAAAAGCUCAAAAUAAAGUUGUUUUUCCAGAGAGCAAAACACGUCCUAAACAAAAAAACAGCAACAAUUCAACAUCCAAGCUCUCUGAAUAAAUCCUUUCUAAUCACAAAAAUAAUAAUAACAGGAUAGAAUGGGAGUAAAAUGCAGAAUUAGCUUUAUCAGGUGACAUGAGAUCUUCAGUGCAGCUGAUUUUUGAUUUUGACUUUUUCACAUCUUUACAUCAGAUAAUCAGAGAAACUCCAAUAUGGCUCUGGGCUCCAAUUCUGUCCAUGACUAAUGUUAGAUUAUAUGUUGACCAGUUAUUUAUUUUACAGUACAUGUGAGACAUAUGUAGUUAUUUCUGUUGUCCUGUUUUUGUUCUGUUCUUUAAAUCCCACGUUCCUGUGUUACUUCAUCUAGUUUAAUUUAAUUUAAGAAGCUGCUUUCAUAUUGAUUUACUUUUUCAUUGUUUUAGUAUUUUUGUGCUCAAAGCAUAAAAACAAAAAAAUCCAGAAACUUUGGUUUUACUAAUUUCAGCUUUGAGUUGUCUUGGUUAAAUCUCUUCAACCUGGAUUUGGGUGGUUUAUCCAAUUCAUCCGAGCUAAUCUGCAUCUUCAAGCGUCACCAGAUUGGAUGGGAAGUGUCUUCUUUGUGCCUCUCAAAAGAUGUUCUGAUGGAUUAAAAUUUUGGCUUGGCCACUUAAGAACCAACAGUGACUUGCCCUGAAGCUUUUCCAGCAUUGUAAUGGCUCUGUUCUUUAGUUCAUUGAUUCAUGCUAUGCUGAAAGAUGACUGGAUGUCUCAGCCUGUGGUAGAAGCACUCAGUAGAUGGGUUUUCUUCCAAAACUUUUUUUUUAUUGGGCAAAAACAUGUUGUCACUGUGUUAUUAACUCCACUAUAUUAAAAUGUCAAUUUCAUCUUUGAGUCAGUGAUUUUUUUUGUGUGUGUGUGUGUUUAAAGUGCAGCUCACAGUUUUCCAUAAAUCAAAUAACACCUUAUGUGAUCAAAGAAUAUUGAGGAAAAAACGAUUAGAUUGGCUGCUGAUAAAUGUUGAUUUUUGUGCAUCAGUGAAUCAGCUGAGAAAGUUCAAAGCUGUUCCAACUUGUGGAGGAGUAUAGCUGUAGCGUGCUGGGUUUACUGUAGGCUGUCAUUCAAAGCAAAUCAAAGACCAGGGCUUAACAAAUGGGUCAUUAGGAAGAAGUAUAUUUAUUAUUAUUUUCCUUUAUUCAUUUAGGUAAACAUCUCAUUAAGAUUAAAAUCUCUUUCAUGAGAGACCUGGCCAACAGGGCAGCAGAAGUUACAAUAAAUACAUACACAUAACACGAAAACAAGCAAAGAAACAAGUGCAUAUAGCUUAAAAUUUUAACCACAAAUUCAAUCUGACAGUGUGUUAAAUAACAUUUUUUUCAAAUAAAUAUUUGUUACUGUAGUUUUCUUGACAGCUGAACACACUGAGCGGAUUAGAGGCUGCGUAGGGACGUAACAAUAUUCAUUUGCCAACAUCUGAUUUCAGUGCCAUGUUGAAGUGCUACUUACAGUAUAUUUGAAUUUUAGAUGUUCAACAAUAAUUUGCUGAUAGUAUGAAGCGUUGACUCUGAUGUCUCCCAGUUACUUGGCAGAAAAUUCUGUCUUUCUGUAGGCUGGUUUGCAGCAUUGUGUAUGUUUUCUUUUAUUUUGGUUGUAAAUUAUGCAGACGUUGUUUGUAUGGGUAAAAUAGUUAUAAUGUACAAGCCACUUAUGUCUAAAAGUAUAGUUGGAAGAGAAACCUCAGUAAAACGGACCAAGUAAAUGUGUGGUUAUUAGUUUACUCUGGCCCACCUUUUAUUCAUAAAGCAGUGAUGUUUUAGCAGAAAUCUAUCGUUUAGCCACUAGAGGGCAGAAGAUCGAGUGGCAGUCCUUGCAUGUUAGCAGUCAGUAGCCAGAUUACACACCUAGCGCAUGUAGACAGGAGUUGUAAUUCUUUACUCCAUUGUUCACCUUCCUCUCAGCUCUGGUUGAGUCUCCUCCAUAAAUGAAACUGGAUUUGUGGCUGUUUAAUGUUUGUGUCUUUGUUUUUUGCCUGUCUGCCGUUUGGUGAAAUUGUUUGGGCUAGCCAGAGCAGCAAGACCAAACCGGGUAGUAAACGUGCCGUAAAACCAAAACUAAAGCUGAAAGAGGCUAAAAAAGCUCCGUACCAUGCUGCAUAAUUGUGAGUUCUCUGUGAGUGUCAAUUUUUAACAUAGUCAUGUCACGUUUUUGUUGAAAGAAAUUGAUGAAAAUGAAUUAUGAGGCAAAACAUGACCUGCAGUUGCUUAACUACUUUAACUAAAUGACAUGCAACUUAUUAGGACUAAUAAAGUUGGGGAAAUUGCUUCAAUAUUGAUUAACUUUACAAUGUCAAAAUCGCAGCUGGGGUCAAACAGAUUAACACUAAAAGUCUUUGUAUUUGAGAUCUGAACAAAUGGGCAAGAAUUUUCCUCAACCAAUGCCUUUAAUUGUGACAAUCUUCUAGGACAAAUUGUCGGUUUUCACCUGAACCCUUCUUCCAAUAUUGCUCAUCAUGUCUUCAUUUCAUCCCCCCCCCACCCCCCCACACACACUUUUUUGUUUUUAAAUCUUUCAUCCAUCUCUUGCUGUUUUUGACCGUCAUUUUCUCCAUGAACCUAUUGUGUCUUAAGUGUUGUUUUUGAAUUCACUUUGAAAGUUUACACUGUUUGGGGUCAUGUUGUGCCUGUUAUAAUAGCUCUUCUGUCUGAUCCUCUGUAAAGUUUGUGAGCUACUGAAUAUUUUAAUGCAUUAUUGAUUAUAGAUUAUAAAUCAGAGGCAAAAGAGAACAGAAGUCAGAUGUUUUUGGGUUUUUUGUGUAUGUCAGAUUUAUCAAAACAACAAAUCAAUCUAAGUACCUCUAAGAGCUUUUAUUUUUGGAUCUCCUGUGUGUGAAUUCUCUCUGAUGCCUGCGGUUUGUACUCGUUCGUUCAGUUUUCAAUGUGUGUAUCGAUGCCUGUGUGUUUGUUGCACUGUCAGCAUGUUUGACAGUAUGAGAAUGGAUUGACCUGUUCAGUGUUUCUGAUGCAGGAGCUGCAAAACAUUUGUUGGUUUUAUCCAGUUUUUUUGUUUUGUUUUGUUUUGUUUUGUUUGUUUGCUUUUGUUUUGCUUCUUUUCUUUUUCUUUUUUCCCGACAUGUCAGCUGCAACUUGAUACAGAUGGCCACUGCCGUCUUAUAGUCAGCUAAGAUGCAUUAUAAAGGUAUCUGAUACCAACCACGGCGUGGUGUUUCUGUCUGGAGGAGGUAGUUGCAAAUACAUUUAUCAUUGCACAUUUAUGUUAAUAUUUUAGUUUCCUUGAUAAAUUGCUCACGAAUUAAACUUAUGCUGCAUUUUUAUCUUGUGGAAGCAGACGUGAUUGGCCGCACCUAUUAUAUACACUUCUCUGAAUUUUGCCUGUGGGAAUGUGACUAUGUCUUGACUACAGCCAUUGUUGAGUACUUAUUCUACUAAGUUUACAUUUUCUGCCUUUUGUUUUUUUUCAACACAUCUAUUUCCCCAUGAAAAAGAAAAAAAAACACCUUUCAGAAGUGCUCCAAAGCUUGAUAAAUUAUAACAGUGUGUGAUGCAGCAUAAUCCAGCUAAAGUUUAAAAUGUUCCUCCAAGUUGAUGUUUGAAAAUAGACUUCAUGUAUCAAUCUUUUCAUGUAGUUUGUAUUACUUUGAUGGAUAUAUACUCUUUCAGAAAUCAUUAACCUGAAUUCAAAAACUCCACUAGGUUCACAAGAAACUGUUCUCACCACACUCGCCAGAGCAGUGUCACCACAGGCCAGGUACAGAAAAGCUGUCAGCAUCAUUAAGGUGGCACAUUUCAUUCACUCCCUGGGUUAGGUUACAUACCCAAAGAGUGCAUGGCUAAAAUGAGCAGGGGUCUGCUGGACGAGGAUUUUCAGCAAGUAGUGCAUUGUUUAUUUGCUGCUUAUUCAUCAGAAACUGUUCAGUAAAUGACUUUUUCCCCAACAUAGUUUUCAGAGAUAGUUGCAGACGGUCAAGUUAAGAUAGCAAACGUGAAAUAUUGGAAAGUCUUGCUGUUCCUGAUUGCUUUGUUUGUUUGUUUCGUGUGCUGUGUCACAUAUUGUUAUAAUAUCUAAAGACCAUAAUGCGCCCAGUGAUCUUUAACCUUGUCUGUUGUGCAUUGUCUUUUUUGGCAAAUUGCCUACAUGAGUGAACAAAAGCAUACAAAAAGAACAAUUACACAAUUUCCUGUAUUGUGUUCUCAUAAACAGACAAUUUAUUUAUCACAAAGUUAGUUUUAAAUGCAACCCCUAUGUGACUGUGGCGCAAAGUAGGUCCUGUUCUGAGUCAGUAGUAAUCACAAAAAGCAAAAAAUAUAAUGUGAUAACUCUUUGACUUAGGAAAAUAGUUGUGUUAUUCUUAUGCAAUACUCAAUGCUGCUUCCAUUUCAGGAAAACCUUGUUCCUCACAACAACAAACAAAACAAAACCCAAAGUCAGUCCAGUCAUUGAAUCUUCUAGACAGGAAUGCCCUGCCGUGGUGUUAACUAUCAGACCAAAAUCAAGAUUUUAUGGUGAAAUAACCAAACCUGCCUGAACAUUUGACCAAAACGUUGAGAAAUUUUUUUUUUGUGAUUCAUUUUCUUUUGUCUUGAUUUUAAUACUUGUGUUGCCUUUGACACCGAUGCUAGUUUUGUUUGUAACAGUUAUAAAAUGUAAAAAGGAACAAAGAGAAAAAAAAAAAAAAGCAAAAAGGUUUUGAGAGUGUAAUAAGCCGGAACUGAACGUGUAUGUAUUGAUGAGUAUCUUUGUCAGUUGUUUGCAUUUUAUCUAGCCGAAGCAUUUGUUAUAGAUUGAUUGACUUUGCAACUUGAGAGCUGAUUAAAAAUGAACUUAGUACUAUAAUAA